AUGAAUGGACAUGUAAAACAAAAAUCCUUAAGUGAGACAAGUGAGAUAUUAAAGAAUAUUCAUAACUUGUGUGUGUCUAUUAAUGAAUUAAAUAUUGGAAUUUCAAAGACUGAAAACAUCAUUUUAAAUAACGAAUCUCAAAUUAAAAGAAUUAACAGUUUCAUCAAAAGUAAAAAUAUUAAGCUUAAUCACAUCAACAAACAAAUUUCAUUAGUUGAGAGUAAAAUAGAAAGUUUAACAGAAAAAGACAAGAGUGUAUCAAAAAUACUUUUAGAGAAAAUAGAGAAUGUAAAAAAAGAAUAUGAUGAAUUAUGUGAAAAUAAAAAGAAGACAGGUGUUGAGUUGAAUGAAAAUAAUAAAAAAAUCCACUCUCUUCUUCUAGAGAAAUCAAAGAUAGAAAAUGAAUUUACUAGUGAAUGUAAUGAAAUUUACGGUCUUUUAACAAAUUUAAUCACACAGGUUGAAAUUAUGAAAUUUAAAUAA